UUGGGAGGAAAAUUUUUGGGUCAAAGACUCAGCAAGGUCUUGAUUACCUUAGUAGUGUGCUCUGAGUCUGGUUAAUUUAAAUUACUAACACUCGUAGCUUUCAAGGACUGAAAGCAAAUAUUUCCAAAACAUGUACUUGUAGUGUUGAGUUGUAUUUACACACAUUUAGCUUAUAGAGAUUGAAGAGAAUACUGUGCCUUAAUCCUUGGUGAUUUGUCUUUGUAUGACAUGCUGUGCUUUAUAUGGUUUUAAAAAGUGGACCGGGCACUUGAUUGUUUUGCUAGAGAUUUUUGUUUUCAUUUGCUGAAAAGUCUUGUGGUUGGCAGUAAGCUAAAGGCUUACUGGGUAGGGGAAAGGACAGAGGGCAGAGGAGAGUGUUAAAGAAAAGCUUGUAAGCCAAAGGAAGGCCUUCCGCUGUCCCUUUAACCCUUCUGGAAAUCUCAGCAAGCUUGGGAAGACAAGAGAGACAGAGCUGGCCGCUGCUGCAGCCUUGGUGACCCGCCAGGACAAUGGAUUUUCCUGGUCACUUUGAGCAGAUCUUUCAGCAGUUGAACUACCAGAGACUUCAUGGGCAGCUCUGUGACUGUGUCAUCGUAGUGGGGAACAGGCACUUCAAAGCCCACCGCUCUGUGCUGGCCGCAUGCAGCACACAUUUCCGGGCCCUGUUCUCAGUGGCAGAAGGAGAUCAAACCAUGAACAUGAUCCAGCUGGAUAGUGAGGUAGUGACAGCAGAGGCCUUUGCUGCCCUGAUUGACAUGAUGUACACCUCCACCCUCAUGCUAGGGGAGAGCAACGUUAUGGAUGUCUUAUUGGCAGCCUCUCACCUGCAUUUGAACUCUGUGGUGAAGGCGUGUAAACAUUACCUGACGACCAGGACGCUCCCCAUGUCUCCCCCCAGUGAGCGUGUCCAGGAGCAGAGUGCCCGCAUGCAGCGCUCUUUUAUGCUGCAGCAGCUGGGACUGAGCAUCGUGAGCUCAGCCCUUAGUUCCAGCCAGAGUGUCGAGGAGCCAUCAGCCCCCAUGAGCUCAUCCAUGCGCAACAAUCUGGACCAGCGGACACCCUUCCCCAUGAGACGCCUUCACAAGCGCAAACAGACUGUGGAAGAACGGGCCCGGCAGCGCCUCCGAUCCUCCAUGGAUGAAUCUGCCAUUUCAGAUGUUACUCCAGAGAGCGGGCCUUCGGGAGUUCAUUCCCGGGAGGAAUUCUUCUCCCCAGAUUCUCUGAAAAUUGUGGAUAAUCCUAAACCUGAUGGGAUGGCUGACAACCAGGAGGACAGCGCUAUGAUGUUCGAUCGGCCUUUCGGUGCUCAAGAAGAUGCCCAAAUGCCCAGCCAGUCAGAUGGCAGUGCUGGCAACAUGGCCUCUCGUGCAACUCAGGUUGAAACUAGUUUUGAACAAGAAGCUGUAGCUGAGAAAGGCAGUUUCCAGUGUGAAAAUCCUGAGGCUGGCCUUGGGGAGAAGGAGCACAUGAGAGUGGUGGUGAAGUCCGAGCCCCUGAGCUCUCCCGAGCCGCAGGACGAAGUGAGCGAUGUGACCUCCCAAGCAGAGGGCAGCGAGUCUGUGGAGGUGGAGGGAGUGGUGGUCAGUGCCGAGAAGAUAGACCUCAGCCCUGAAAGCAGCGAUCGGAGCUUUUCAGAUCCCCAGUCCAGCACUGACAGGGUCGGGGACAUCCACAUCUUGGAAGUCACAAAUAAUCUAGAACACAAGACCUCUUUUAGUAUUUCCAACUUUCUCAACAAGAGCAGGGGGAGUAACUUCAGCACAAGUCAGAGCACUGACGACAACCUCCCAAACACCACCAGUGACUGCAGGCUGGAAGGCGAGGCCCCAUACUUGCUGAGUCCAGAGGCUGGGCCAGCAGGUGGGCCGUCCUCUGCCCCUGGUUCCCAUGUAGAGAACCCAUUCAGUGAGCCUGCAGACUCCCACUUUGUCAGGCCUGUGCAGGAGGUGAUGGGCCUGCCCUGUGUGCAGACCUCAGGCUACCAAGGAGAGCAAUUUGGGAUGGACUUCCCCAGGUCUGGUUUGGGUCUCCACUCUUCCUUCUCCAGGGCCAUGAUGGGUUCCCCAAGAGGAGGAGCCAGUAACUUUCCAUACUACCGACGAAUAGCUCCCAAAAUGCCAGUCGUAACUUCUGUCAGGAGCUCACAGAUCUCUGAAAACCAAGCCAGUUCCCAGCUAAUGAUGAACGGGGCCAGCUCAUUUGAAAAUGGCCACUCUUCCCAGCCUGGCCCUCCGCAGUUGACCAGGGCAUCUGCGGACGUCUUGUCCAAGUGCAAGAAGGCCUUAUCAGAGCACAAUGUCUUGGUUGUGGAGGGAGCUCGAAAGUAUGCCUGCAAAAUCUGCUGUAAAACUUUCCUGACUUUGACAGACUGCAAGAAGCACAUCCGAGUCCACACAGGAGAAAAGCCGUACGCCUGCCUCAAGUGCGGCAAAAGGUUCAGUCAGUCCAGCCACCUCUAUAAGCACUCGAAGACGACCUGCCUGCGCUGGCAGAGCAGCAACCUCCCCAGCACUCUGCUCUGAUGGCUGUCCUCGGGGGACGGCACAGGCCAGGGCUGCACUGGAGCUAAAACCAAUGCCGGCAGGCGGCUCUUGCCCUGGACUCGGGGUCUGGGCUGUCCGGUGGCUUUCAUGAAUUUCCGCCAGUAGUAAGCAGAGAACUGUUAGUGUAGCACUUAACUUACCCUGCACAUUUCUUAGGGUGGAGGAAUGCAGUCGUAAAGUAGUUUGUCAUUGUUAAGAGUGUCACAUUUAAAAACGGAAGUGCAGAAAACAUUUUAACACUAUUUUAAAGCUCCGUGGAGCAUUUAAUUAAAUUUCCUGUCUCCCGUGAUGGCAGUAUUCCAUCCCUGUACAGCCAUGCAAAGCCCAUGUGUAACCAGGUGACUUGGUGCUAUCUGACAAAAGGCCCUGGUGACAAGCCUGUCUGCCACAGAUGCCCAGAGUGUAUCCUGAGCUAGUCCCGGGCCUCAGAAAGGACUGUGUUUUUUACUUCUUAUCCGAGUUGGCAGUUGCAGGCACUGCCCUCUGAUGGUGCUCACACUGGGUCCAGGUAGAUGUGCCCUUGAUAACAGUACCUUUGAGUACCUCUCUCUGGCAUAGGUGUUUUUAGUAAUUUUUUUUAUUUGUCCUAAAAACUAAAGUUGUAAGUGGAGUAUGUCCUUGUAGGGAGUGACAGUGAGGUGUUUCUGUACGUGCUGUGUUAGCAGUGUUUGAACCAACGUAAUUCCGAUGCUAUAUUUGUUUGACGUAAGUGGGAAGCUGGUGUCUGUCUUUAUUCUGGUGAUAUGGAGUCCUGUGUAUGGGUUCUCAUGGUGCAUUUGCCUUUCACUGCAUCGGAUGCCCCAGGCCACCCACGAUCAGCUGCUCUUGACAUUGCCACCGUCACCCCCAAGCCCCAUAGAACGCCUCUCCUGGGCGUACCCAGUCAACCAGCCACAGCGGUGCUACUGCUGCUGUGCUUUCGUUCCUGUUCUGUGCUGGGCUCUCAAAGCCUCGCCUCAGCUCUCAGUGGUGUCGCUCCUUUAACUCAGCGUUGAGUCAUUUGAAACUUAAGUGUAGUAGCGUACGUGUCUCAGUUCUUUACAGGCUCUGGAAGAGUCAGGCAGCCUACAGCAUAGAAUUCACCAAAAAUAUCCAAGGUUCUAGGAGUGGCAUUCAAUUCUGUCAGGGUCUCUCUAUCCUCCGCCUUCCUGUCCACUGAUCGGCAUGCUGUCAGGUUGCUGCAUCCUGACAUGCACCCAGGAGAACAGCACAGGCACACGUAUCUGUAAGCUCAAGUUUAACAAGAAUUCUUCUCAUACUUUUUUCAGAGAUCCCAAACCAUUGUACGCAGUUCAGAGAAAUUCAUUAACUUUAGAGAGCCACAUGUCUCUGUAUAUCCUAAGACAGAAGUGAGCAUGUGUCCUCUCUGGCUGAUGUGACCAUGAAGCUGUGGCCAGACCUGUGAUGCUCCUAGAGGGCAUGGCAUCCGAACUGAUUCCCAGGAAGGGCCUGAGUGGGAAGCUGGCCUCCUGCUGAGCAGCGUGGGGAAGAGACCACUGAAGGCACUGAAGGUCACUUGAGAAAUGCGGUGUGGCUUAUUGUCAGCACCCGUUGACACUCGAUGCAGGUGGGUCUCUCCACCCACCUUCAUAGGGACCAGUGGGAGUCAGGCGGUCAGCAUGGAGGACCAGUGAGGAGCUAAUGUCACAGGCAUAGAGUAGCAGUAGUCCCUCCUGUCUUAAAGAUGUGGUGCUUCGAGCCUACUCCUCACUCAGCUUCGAUACAAGUGGACUUUGCUCUGGGGCCAGUGCCGGCACUCGAUGGCGCCUGCCUGCCUCUGCUGCUGGGUGGACCUGGAAUCUCAUCUACCUCGUAGUCAGUCUCUAUAUGUGAGAAGCAAGCUUGAGGCCAGUGUCCUCCAACAUGCUGUAGCACUCAAAGCUGCCCCAGGGUCCCUGGGAAACUAGCCCAGGGCUGCUGUGACCUAGAGUUUCACCGGGAUUCUGACUGGGACUGGGGGCCUGACUUUUGAUGUUUAGCCUUAACGAUAACCCGGAAUAAUCAUGUACAAUCUUCUGGAGAUGGCAUCGAGUGUAGAGGCACCCGUCGGGUGCUAAUGCUGGUCGAAACAUUUUAAAAUUAAAGAUUUGUCAUAUUCAUGCCUCUAAA